GCCGGCUCUGGCCCUGCCCUGAGGCCCGCCCUCGGCAUUCCGGGCCUCUGGGCCAAGCGCCCGCCAAAGGCUGCGGGUCCGGUCGCCAUGUGUGGACUCUAAAGCGCCUUGUGGUCUUUUGAAGCGCUUUGACAUCCCCGAAGGGCUCUGUAUUGCAAACUAAAUCGAAGCGCUUUGUAAUCCCGGAAGCGCUUUGACAUCUCCCUAGGAGCGCUGUGCAAACUGAAGCGCUUGGUGAUCGCGGAAGCACGUUGUGGGUUUGGAAACCAAACCGACGCCCUUAGUAAAUCUCGGAUCGUUUUGACUAAGGCGAAGCGCGUUGGCAUCUCCGAAACCUUGAGAACUGUGAUGGGCAGUGGAAAGAAGGGGGAAAGGUGCCCAUGGCGUCGGAGCGGCGCAAGGUCAAGUACCACUGGAGCAGCACUUCAGAAGGGUGUCCCCGUAAGCGCAGCUGCCUCCGGGAGCCCAGUGAUGUGGCCCCCUCCAGCCGGCCAGCUCCUAGCUCUGCGUCGCGUUCAGGAGGGACCAGCAGCCCCAAGCGCCUGAAAGUCCAGAAGGAGGACGAUGUGGCCUGCACGCCGAGGUUGCCCCGGGGCUCAUCCUGCCGCAGAAAUUCCUCCUCCUCCUCGCAUUCUUCCGGCGCAGGUGUGGGCGGGGCUGCCGCCAAAGGCUGCCUGAUUCGGAGCACACGGGGAUUCCUUUCGUCAGAGGGAUCCCCUCUUCGCCCUGUCAACCCCUCUCCAGAAGAAAUGGCUUCUCUAGAGGAGGAAGCCUGCAGCCUUAAGGUUGAUUCAAAAGAUAGUUCUCGUAACUCCACGAACUCUGAAUUUGCAGCUGAAGCGGAGGGUCAAAAUGAUACAAAUGAGGAACCAAACAAGGUGCAAAAAAGGAAGAGGGAUCGAUUUCGAGACCAGGGCUCUACGGUGAUCUACCUGAAGGCUAUCCAGGGCAUCCUGGGAAAGUCGAUGCCAAAAAGGAAGGGAGAGGCUGCCACGAGGGCAACGCCGAACAGAGGAGAGCGUCCCAGCCGCGGAGAAGGGCCAACCAGGAGUGUCACUGUGUCUCCUCAGAAAGGGAAAGAGUCAGCCCCGGAGGUGAAAGCAGAGGACAAAAAGGCUGUGCCAGAGAGGAGCAGUUUCUGCGACAGGAGAGUGGUGAUAGACCCUCAGGAGAAACCCAUCGAGGAGAUAGCUGGUGACCGAAGGACAGUCAUUGACAAGCACUCUCCAGCCCUCGAGUUUUUGGAUGAUUCCGACUCUCAUUUAGAAAGCCAGAAG